CCAUAUCGCCGGAUAUCCGCUGAAUGACCCUUACUAGUCCUUCUUGGUGCUGAAGUGGAGUAGUUAUCAGUGUUGGUGGUCGUGUUGCAUCCCGAACCGUAGUCAGCAUGGGACUGGAAGAUGAGCGAGUGAUGCUGACCGGGUCCGGAGAUCCCAAGGAGGAGGAAGAGGAAGAAGAGGAAGAAUUAGUGGAUCCCCUAACAACAGUCAGAGAGCAAUGUGAACAGCUGGAGAAAUGUGUGAAGGCUCGGGAGCAGCUAGAACUCUGUGAUCAGCGUGUGUCCUCUAGGUCACAGACAGAGGAGGACUGUACUCAGGAGCUCUUUGACUUCUUGCAUGCAAGGGAUCACUGUGUUGCCCACAAACUCUUUAACAGCUUGAAGUAAAUGUACAGACUACCAGUUUUCAUCACCUGGAUGUGAGAGUAUUUCCGUGUGGUUGUGAACAAGGCGUUUGUUUUCUUAUUUGUACAACUAAGUUCAUGUGAAUGAACCUCAUGGAUUUGGGCUUGAAACAAAGCUUCUAUGUAAUUCAGCAGUGGUUCCAUCAUAAUAAAGUCCAGUAAUCUACAGAUCUA